GAAUAACGCAAAACACUUACACAACUCAAGUUUUGAAAUAGUAUUAGGAUAUUUUCUUUGUUCCUCUCUCUCAAAGUGUUGAGAAAAACACAGAGAAACCAUGGAAGGAGGUGUACCAGAAGCAGAUAUGUCUGCUUUCAGAGAAUGUUUGUCUCUUUCAUGGAAAAAUCCUUAUGUUCUUCGUCUUGCUUUCUCUGCUGGAAUUGGUGGCCUUCUCUUUGGCUAUGAUACUGGAGUUAUAUCUGGAGCUCUUUUGUAUAUAAGAGAUGAUUUCAAAUCAGUAGAUAGAAAGACAUGGCUUCAGGAAGCAAUAGUGAGUACAGCAAUAGCUGGAGCAAUCAUAGGAGCUGCAGUUGGAGGAUGGAUGAAUGAUAAAUUUGGAAGGAAAGUAGCCAUACUAGUUGCAGAUGUCCUCUUUUUAAUAGGGGCAGUUAUAAUGGCUGCAUCUCCAAAUCCAGCUACUCUUCUUGCUGGUAGAGUACUUGUUGGUCUUGGUGUUGGUAUGGCUUCAAUGGCUUCUCCUUUGUACAUUUCUGAAGCUUCUCCAACUAGAGUUCGAGGCGCUCUCGUUAGUCUCAACAGUUUUCUCAUCACUGGUGGACAAUUCCUUUCCUAUCUCAUCAACUUGGCCUUUACUAAGGCACCAGGAACAUGGAGGUGGAUGUUAGGGGUAGCAGCAGCACCUGCUGCUAUACAAAUUGUACUAAUGUUGUCACUCCCCGAAUCACCUCGUUGGUUAUACCGAAAGGGCAAGGAGGAAGAAGCAAAACUAAUUCUAAAAAAGAUAUAUGAAGUUGAGGACUAUGACAAUGAAAUCCAAGCUUUAAAGGAAUCAGUUGAAAUGGAACUUAAGGAAACAGAUAAAAUAAGCAUGAUGCAACUUCUAAAGACAACAACAGUUAGAAGAGGUUUAUAUGCAGGUGUUGGACUAGCAUUUUUCCAACAAUUUGUUGGCAUCAACACAGUGAUGUAUUAUAGUCCCUCAAUUGUUCAAUUAGCUGGUUUUGCAUCAAACAGAACAGCACUUCUUCUAUCACUCAUAACUUCUGGUCUUAAUGCAUUUGGUUCAAUUUUGAGCAUAUAUUUCAUUGACAAGACUGGUAGAAAAAAACUUGCUUUAAUAAGUUUAACUGGUGUUGUUCUCUCUUUGGCUCUUUUGACUGUUGUUUUUCGUGAGACUGAAAUUCAUUCACCUAUGGUUAGUGCUUUGGAAACCUCUCACUUCACCAAUAAUACUUGUCCUGAAUUCAAAGCUGCUGUUAACAAUGAUAGAUGGAAUUGUAUGAGGUGUUUAAAGGCUUCUUCACCUACUUGUGGUUUUUGUGCUGCUCCUCAUAAUAAGCUCUUGCCAGGAGCAUGUUUGAUUUCAGAUGGUGGAAAGCAUAUGUGUGGCAAUGAAGAUAGAUCAUGGUACACAAGAGGUUGUCCAAGCAACUUUGGUUGGAUUGCACUAAUAGGCUUAGCUCUCUACAUAAUAUUCUUCUCACCAGGAAUGGGAACUGUUCCAUGGGUUUUAAACUCUGAAAUAUAUCCAUUAAGAUACAGAGGAAUUUGUGGAGGAAUAGCAUCAACAACAGUUUGGGUUUCAAAUCUUGUUGUUUCACAAUCCUUUUUGUCUUUGACUGAAGCAAUUGGACCAGCAUGGACUUUCAUGUUAUUUGGUAUUAUUGCUAUUAUUGCCAUUUUCUUUGUCAUUGUUUUUGUGCCAGAGACCAAAGGUUUACCAAUUGAGGAAGUUGAGAAAAUGCUUGAACAAAGAUCUGUGCAGAUUAAGUUUUGGAAGAAGAGAGAUUCUGGAUCUGUAAAGUAGAAAUAUUUGACUCUAGUUAUUACCUUUUAGGUGAACUAUGGUUGUUUCACAUUGCUUUUCUUUUGGGUAUGAAUUAAUGUUCAAAUGGGUAGUUGAUUAGUUGGAUUGUUGAAAAUUCUCAUGAAAUCUCUAGAUCAUUGAGGAUUUAUGAUACUCUUCACUAUUAGGAAAUAAUAAAUACUAUUUCAAAUUCACAAAUGACCUAUUAAAUGAAGCAUUUAAAGUUAAAAACA